AUGGAAGUCUCUAUUCGCAGAGUAUUAUCAAGUAGUCCACAAUACGCCGAAGCCAUAGUCGUUGCAUUCGACCGUCGACUUCGAGGACUCACUUCACAAAACCACGAUGCUCCGGACUUACCAGUGUUCCUUACCAGCCUUUUCCAGCGUCUGCAUGAUCAUUCAGAAUGCGAGGCUGUCGACAAUGAAAGCUCCUCGGCGGGAAAGCGGACUACUGAUAAUGGGGCAAGAUCGAGAACCUCAUCGACAGUGAUACCGGCGGGCUCAGUCGUACCGAGUCAAACACCCGUUUCCCUCAAAAGAGAGAGGGAAAAGGAUGAGAAAGAUCCUCAGAAAACUUCCAAGAGCAAGAAGCCUUGUCACAUUGUAACGUGUGAUAAUAUCGAAAAAGUGGCCAAUGAAGCAGACAAGAAACGGCCCAAACAAGGCACCGAAGCCUCUUUUGAAAAGCAGCUGGGAAUAUUUCGGGCCGUCUGGGGCAUCCUGUUCCCAGAUGCUGGCUCUGGACCAAAGUCUCCCUGCCCGAGAUCGCAGACCUGGUCCAGAAUUUCGUCACUUCCACCGCUUCAGACAUAA